AAGUGGGCGCGUGAGCAAUGUAGAACGGAGCCGCAUGACCCUCCUCGUGUACCAUAGAGGUUUUACUACACCGGUUCUUCACACAAGUCACACAGAGAGCAGAGAUGGACGCCGAACAGAUGGGCCCUCAGACCUUCCUUUACGGCUGCGAGCUGAAGCAGGGAAAAGAAGUGACCUUUAAUCCAGAAGAUGACGACUUCGAGCAUCAGCUGUCCGUCAGGAUGGCGUGCGUCGAUCCUGCCACCAAAGAUGAGCUGAACGUCGUAGAAGUCGAGGGCCAGGACUCUGAGGGUCAGAAGGUUAAAGCCGUGCUGGCCACGCUGAAGCCGUCCACCAUGCCGAGUGUGUGUCUGGGUGGCUUCGAGAUCAGUCCCCCUGUUGUGUUCCGCCUGCGUACCGGUUCUGGUCCAGUUCACAUCAGCGGCCAGCAUCUCAUCAUGAUGAGCGGAGAUCAGUCUUUUGAUGAAGAUGAAGAUGAGGAGGAGGAGGAGGACAUGAGGACAGCUGUGAAGAGAGGAGCACCGAGCAUCACAAAGCCAUCGAAAAAAAUGAAAGUGGAAGAGGAAGAUGAAGAUGACGACGAUGAUGAGGACGAUGACGAGGAUGAGGAUGAUGAUGAUGAGGAAGAGGAUGAGAGUGAAGAGGAGACGCCUGUGAAGGCCAAGAAGCCAGCAGCCAAACCACAGACUCCCUCUCAGAACGGCAAAUCCAACACACCAGCACCCAAACAGCAGCCCAAAACGCCAGAGACUGGAAAGAAGAAUGAGAAGAAACCACAGACCCCCAAAAGCCCCAAGACCCCCAAAACUCCACAAGCUCCUCUCAGCGUCUCGGAGAUCAAGGCCAAGAUGAUGGCUAGCGUGGAUAAGGGAGUGACUCUUCCCAAACUUCAGGUCAAGUUUGAAAACUAUGUGAAGAAUGGAUUCAAAGUAACUGACCCAAAGGUGAUCAGCGAGCUGUGGCAGUGGAGACAGACAAAGAACUAAUCCGACAUUUUACCUGGUUAAAUUAUGUCUUGUUUUCUUUCCUGUUUUUUUUUUUAAUUUCUCCCUCCUGAGUUAUUCUGCAUGAUAUCCGUGCCAUUCCUUUUAAAAGUUCCUUUAAAGUCACUUUAUUUUUCCGCCCGUGUUUUUUCCUGAUUCAGACCUGCCAAGACACAGAACCGUUCCAUCUCUCUCUCAGAAGGAGCCUCAGAAGACAUCUUCCUUUUUUUUUCCCUCCCUUUUUUUUUUUUAUUGAGUUUUCAGUUUUCACAAACUCCAGCAAGUUUUCAGUUCCUCUGGGAGGACACGUGUGCUUCAGAUCUGUACAUUUUAUCAGGAGUGCAGCUAAGGACCUUUGUUUCUGAACAUUUCAGUGUCGUGUGAGAGGAAGCAUAUGAAGUUUUACUUAUGAAUAUACUGUAAAAUAGCGCAGGUUUGAUGUUUAACUCUGAGGCCUUCUCUCCUCUCUGAGUUUAGGGAAACUUGUCUGUUGUGCUUUUGCAAUGAAAACAAUUUUACUGCACAGGAAUAAAAGGUUUUUUGGAAGAAA